AUGUCUCGUACGAUUCAAGACAAUGCACAAAAUCUGAAUAAUAAUACUGAAAGUUCAAAUACGACAAAAAUUCGUCGAACACUUAUUGAACGGGGUAUACGUACAGUAGGGGAUGAUCGUGAUAAUAAAAAUGGUUCAUUAGCAAAUAUUUCAGCUAUAAGAACAAGAAAUAAACAACAUGAAGAUGAUCAACGUGAAUUACAAGAAUUAAAUGUUAAAUUUGCUAUUUAUUUAGAUCAUGUUCAAAAUUUAGAAAACUAUAAUGGACAAUUAUUAGCUGAAUUACAAAAUUUAAAAGAAAAUUGGAGUAAUGAUACAAAUCAAUUACAUACAACAUAUGGUCCAGAUUUACAGUCACUUCGUGGAGAAAUUGAUAAUUCUCUGCGUGAUCAAGUUCUUCAAGAACUUCUAUCACAACGAUAUGAAUAUGAUAUAUGGCAAACACAACAACGUAUAAAUGCAUUGGAUGGUCAUACUUCAAAACGAUUACAUGUAGUUCAACAAGAAUUAAAUCAAUCAAUUGAUGCUUUAGAGCACAUUAAAAAUCAAUAUGAUCGAUAUUCAACAGAUUUAGUUAAACAACGUACGAAUGUAGACAGUUUAUAUGUUGGAUUAGAUGGAUUACAAAAUGAAUUAGUUAAUCAUCGAUUAGAACGUAUUAUGAUUGAAAAUGAAAUACAAACAUUACGAGAACAAAUUUUAUUUGAAGAUGCUAUGUAUCAAACACAACGAGAAGACUUCUUAUCACUUAGUACACCGGUUGUUGAUGUAUCAAAAUUUUAUCAUGAUGAAUUAAUUCGUGCAAUAUUUGACAUUCGACAUGAUUUUGAAAUUCUUGCAGCAUCUCAAAUCAAUGGUUUAGAAGAAUAUUAUCGUACAAAAAUGGAAGAAAUUCAAGAAACUAUUCAAGAUAAUGAACGUAAACGUUUAUUAGAUGCUGAAAAUAAAACAAUAGAACAAACGUUUAAUUCCGAAUCAUUAAUAGAAAUUGAAAACGUUCAUAAACAGUUAAGAAUAGAAAAUAUUCAAUUACAAACACAAUUCGAUAAUAUAUUAGAUGAUUUAACAAGAAUUCAAAAUGAACAUAUAUAUGAACAACAAAAACUUGAUGAAGAAUUAAAUCAACUUCAACAAGACAUAGCUAUUAGACAAACAAAUAUGAAUAGUAUUGUAGAAAAUAAUGUUUCACUUCGUUUUGAAUUAUCAACAUAUCGAUCUUUAUUAACAUCUGAAGAACAACGUUUAUAUAAAUUAAAACAAGAAAAACAAUUACAAACUUCAUCAUCAUUAACUGAUAAAAAUCUUGAUAAUCUUAAUCAAAAUCAUAAAAAUUAUAAGAUGCAAAAAGUGUCUACAAAAACAUCAGCAACAGGUUCAAUCAUAUUUGAUUCAAUUGAUUUUAUCAAUGAUUGUAUUGUAAUAAAAAAUGAUAGAUUUACUGGUAAAGACGAAUCUUUUAAGAAUUGGUCACUUCGUCGUAAAAAUGAUGAACAACCAGAACUAGUUUAUCGAUUUCCUUCUUCGUUUGUUCUAAAACCUGGACAUACAGUUCGUAUACUAUCAAGACGUAGUCCACAAUCAACAACAAACUCAGAAAGUGAUGUAUUCAUUGCUAAUCAAAUUGAUACAUGGGGACUCGGACAAGUUAUGAUAACAAGUUUAAAUGAUAAUAAUAAUGAAGAAAUCGCUAGUAUGACACAAACUGUUCUGAAAGACUAA